AUGACCAAAUUAAACACAGUCAUUUGCCAACAUCGAAAUAACUUAACAGCAAAGGUAUGCGACUACCUAACAAACUUUAAUUGCAAAACCCGCUUCUUCUAUGGGCUUCCAAAAAUCCACAAGAACAAAAUUAUUACCGAAGCUUGCAAAAAGUCCAUUUCAACCUGCAUCACUGUACCACGUCCCACUGAUCUCAAGAUGAGACCAAUUGUGGCAGGCCCAAACUGUGAAACGCAUAGAUUAAGCAACUUUAUUGAUAUCCUUUUGAAACCAAUACUUAAAUGCAUACCGAGUAUUGUAAGAGAUGACCUGGACCUACUAAAUCAUCUCCCCAAACAUACCAAUAAAGACAUUUUCAUUGUCUCCUUUGAUGUAAUAAACCUUUACACUACGAUCCCACAUCAAUAUGGGCUGGAAACCAUUAAAUUCUGGUUAGAAAAAUACUCCAAUGAGGUCCCGGAAAGAAUAAGAAAUGAAUUCAUGAUCGAGGGCCUUAAGUUUAUCCUCCAAAACAACUUUUUGAAUUUUAAUAAUAACACCUACAGACAGGUAUCAGGGACUGCAAUGGUUACUAAAUUUGCCCCUACUUAUGCAAACCUGGUGAUGGCCUAUCUAGAAUUACAAAUCUAUGAAGAAUUCAAAUCUAAAUACGGCCUGUCUUUCCACAAAUACCUGUUGGAGAAUUGGAAAUGCUACUUGGAUUGCCUCAUCCUAUGGUCCCACACACUCGACCAAUUCAUUGAUUUCAAAAACUUAAUCAACAGUGUCAACAACCAUAUCCAAUUUACAAUGGAAUAUAGUCAAGACCAACUUCCCUUUCUUGACAUUCUCAUUAUAAAAAAAGGCAUCAAUAUUGAAACUGAUAUCCACUACAGACCAACUGAUUCCAAACAAUACCCUCUGUUCACCUCCAAUCAUCCAAAGUACACGAAGACAAACAUUCCCUUCAACCUAGCGAGAAGAAUCUGUACAACUGUCUCAAAUUAUAGAACACGAAAUAAAAGACUCCAAGAACUAAAGGCAAUUCUUCUCGAAAGACAUUACCCAGCAUCCUUAGUUGACAAUGGAAUAGAACGGGCCAAGACAAUUGCUACCCAAGACUUGCGGAAAUCGAAACACACUCACGUUACAUUAAAUAGUCUCCCACAUUUCUCAACACACAACCCAAGAAAUGCAAAAGCUUACACAAUUAGAUACAAGAACAUCCCACAGCUGAGUCAAGACCCACGUCUAAAAAAAUGCUCGCAACCCAUAAAAUAA